AUGAGUGUAGAGAAGUCGGAGAAAGAGGGGCAGGUGCCCGAAGUUGUCGACGCCGACGCAGCACUUGAAUACCUGCACCGCGAGGGCGCAGCGGCGAUGACGGAAGCCGAUGAGAAAGCCCUCGUCAGGAAGCUAGACCUCAAGAUCGUGCCUCUAAUGUGGGCUUGCUACAACCUCCAGUAUCUCGACAAAACAUUAAUCAACUAUGCCAACGUCAUGGGGCUUCAAGAGGAUACCGGUAUCACCGGGAACCAGUUUGCUCUACUGGCCACGCUCUUUUAUGUUACUUACUUAGUGUUUGAGUUUCCAACCGGUUAUCUUAUGCAGAGGCUUCCCACCGCGAAGUACCUCGGGGCUAACGUCUUCCUUUGGGGAUUGAUAGUAGCCCUGAAUUCUGCAGCAAAGAACUGGGCCGCCCUCGCAACCUUGCGGGUUCUCCUGGGAUGCUUCGAGGCUUCAGUGGCACCGGCGCUUAUUCUGGUGACGAGCAUGUGGUAUAAGCGAUCUGAGCAGCCGCUCCGGGUCGGCUUCUGGUACCUCGGUACGGGGACCGGAUCCAUCAUCGGGGCCUUAUCAUCCUUCGGGUUCCAGCACUACGAGUCAGAUACAUUCACGUCGUGGCAGAUCAUGUUCCUCCUCUUUGGGUCCAUCACGAUGGCGGUUGGGAUCCUCACCGCAGUCUUUCUUCCCGACAGUCCGAUGACAUCCCGGCUCACGCGCGAGGAGAAGAUCUGGGCGAUCGAGCGCCUUCGCGAGAACCAGACCGGCAUCGAGAACAAGCACUUCAAGUGGUACCAGGUCCGCGACUGCUUCACUGACCCGCAGACCUGGAUCAUCGCCUUCAUCACCGUCGCCAUGAGCAUCCCCAACGGCGCCAUCAGCAGCUUCCAGGCGACCAUCAUUAAAGGGUUCGGCUACACGUCCAAGGAGACAGCACUGCUGUCGAUCCCGUCAGGUGUGCUUACCUGCGUCUCAGUGAUCGCGGCAGGCGUCGGGGCCGCCAAGUACGACGCGCGGGGGCCUGUCAUCGUCACACUGCUGCUAGUGGGAGGAAUCCUAGGCGGGGGACUGCUCGCGUUCAGCCACGGGGACGCGAAGGCGGCGCUGCUGACGGGGAACUACCUGACGAACACGAUCGGGGCAGCCCUGCCGAUGCUGUACUCGUACGCGGCGGCAAACGUGGCGGGCCACACGAAGAAGGUGACGGCGAACGCGAUGCUACUCGCCGCCUUCUGCCUCGGCAACAUCAUCGGACCCCUGACCUUCCGCGACGCCGACCGCCCUGCCUACCUCCCAGCCAAGGCCGCCAUCGUCGCCUCCACGGCCGCCGCGGCCCUCGCCACUGCCGCCCUAAUCGCCUACUACCGCUGGGAGAACGCGCGCCGGGACCGCCGCUAUGGGGGCCUGGCCCACCGCGCUGACAGCGAGUUCUUCGACCUGACGGACCGGGAGAAUACAGAGUUUCGAUACCGCUGGUGA